AUGAUUAUCAAAAUAUAUCUUUCAAAUCAAAUCUUUUCUAGUUCAAUAUUACCUCAUACUCAUUCCAAUUUGGAGCCUUUACGUGUUGGAAGUUUGGGUGAUAUUCUUCUUACCCGUGAGGAAUACAAAAGUGAAGAAUUUGAUGAGCAGGAUUGGAUUACUUUGGAAAGAUGUUUGUCCCUAGCUUCUGUAAUUAGAAAGAAAAUGGUUUUGAUUUCAAAUUUUUUACAACAAAAUUCGGAUAGAAAUUAUUUUUUUCAACACAAAUGUUUUAAACCAAUACGUGACGUUCUUCAAAAUUUUUUGGAAGAAAUUACUGAAUCUGUGCAGAGGAAGAGAAGUGUUUUUAAAGGUUUUUUGAAAGAUUUUUGGAUUACUUAA